GAAUGUUCUACACCUUAGUACAUGUGUUUAGCCGCCUCUCCUUGCCGCUACUUAUAGCAAAGCCCAUUGAUAGCCAAGUCUCCAGCAUCAGCGUGCCAUCGGUCAUCGCUGUGCUGAAAGGCUCGCCGAUCUCCUCACCCAGACGACCCUCCCCCUGUGCAACCCGCAUUCCAUUUCCAUAGUUGCCCCUUCUACCCUCCUGCAGCUUCGCAUCUUCACCUGCUUCGAAAAUGCGCUGCCGUUGCUUUUCCAGCCUCGUUAUCGCGCUGCUUCUCGGGGUCUACCCUUCGCUCGUCAGCGCAGACACGACGGUGACAUUCGAUGGGCGUCAGUUCGUCAACAAAGGGCUCAUUGCCUUCGGCCGCAUAGCCAACGAUGCGGUCGACAGCUACGGUGAAACACUCGGCGGCCUCGGCUCCUCCAUUGCCUUCCCCAAUCCAAAGAGCUUCCAGGUCAAUCUCGAAGGGACUAGCAGUGGGAUCAUCAGACUGAACUCGGACCGUGGCUACAAUGUCGUUGGCGUCACUGACUACCGUGCCCGCUCUCAUCAAUUCCACAUGAACUUCACCGCAUCAUCAACGAGUGAAAACCUCGCCCUGACGUAUCAGUCAUCGACGCUCUACCGCAUCCCCAAAACGGUCACGUCCAAUGGAGGCUGCCUGCCCGGCAAGGUGGCGAGCUGCCCGGCCGGACCGCUCUUGCAGUACACGACCGGCCUCGAUGCUGACUCCUCGUCCGGUGCUUCCGGCAGCGGCAUCCAGGGUCCAAAUCUGCCCCUUAACAGCUACGGCCGGUACCUCUCCGUCGAUCAGGAAGGCUUUGCCGUCCUCCUGGACGGUGCGCUUUGGGCCAUCAGCGACGAGUACGGUCCGUACAUCCAUUUUGUCAUCCCUUCGUCCGGGCAGAUCGUCGCAUCGCUGCGGCCGCUCAACGGUAUCGUGCCCAAAGACGCCAACGGCGCCGACAGCUUCACCGCCGAGACGCAGCCGACCAGCGGUCGGGCUGACAACCAGGGAUUCGAGGCGCUCACUUUUGACGCCAAGACAAACACGCUGUGGGCCAUGCUCCAGAGCGCCACGACGCAAGACAGCAACGGUGGCGACAAGAGCUUGAGCCGCAACACGCGCAUGUUUGGCUGGCAGCUCGCCCUGCCUUUGCUGCAGGGCAUUGUGAGUGGCAAGUCAGCGCUGCCGCUGCCGCAGGUGCAGGUGCAACUCAAGUAUGAGUACGUCGUUCAGCUGCCCGUCUCAGAUAACGGAAAGACGUACGCGCAGUCGGAGAUGCACGUCGUCGACAGUACCACUUUCCUUGUCCUCGCGCGUGACGGCAACGGCUUAGGAGACACGGACACCAAGAGCAAGUACAAGCAGGCAGACCUCAUCAGCACCAAGGGCGCUACCAACAUUGCUGGCAGCAAGUAUGACAACCCUGCCAACCCUAUCGCACCAGGCGGAACGCUUGUCGCCGGCAUCACGCCCGUGCAGUACCAGAGCUUCGUCGAUCUCAUCGACGCGACGCAGCUCGCCAAGUUUGGUCUACACAACGGAGGCGUGAUCGACCAGAAUCUGAUCGCAUCCAAGCUCGAAUCGCUCGCGCUGAUUUCCGCCAACGAUUCGGCGAACCCGGACGACUAUCUGCUGGUCGUUGUCAGCGACAACGACUUUAUCACUACCAACGGUCACGAGGCCGGCGAGACCGCUCAGGGUACCGGCACGUAUCAGGUGCAGGCGUACAGCGACAGCUAUGCGCAGCAGUACGGGAGUCAGGACACACAGGUGUUCGUGUACCGCCUCACGUUACCGGGCUGUGCGGUAUGAUGGAUGGGCGUAUCCUAAAAAUAGGGGAACAACCAUUGGGAGCCAUCUCGCCAACAUUUUGUUUCCCGUCACUGCGCGUACAGAUUGUGGAGCUCUGUCGCAUUUUGGCGGCAUGCAGAGGAUUCUGCUUGGCAGUGAGGCGUU